UGAGUUUUCUCAAAAUUCAUUAUCCUUGGGCCAAGCAGCAGAGCAGUAAUGUGAAGCUGUGAUAAAGCAGCAUGUGCUCGGAGACUGCAGGGUUAAUGAGAGGGGAGACAUGUCUGCUGUAUGUCAUAGCCGUGGGCCCUUCCUCUCUCCAGAGCAGCUUAUAACUGGUCAUCUCCUGUCUGAAUCUCCCUCACACAACCUGUUACUGUUGCUGUCUGAUUUAAAACACACAUGCUGCUUUUACAUGCUCCAACCUUGAGCAUUGAAAGAGAAGGUUCAUGUUCUCAUGUUAUAUUUCAGUUUGCGUACAUGCCAUGCCAUGUUUUUUUAAUGCCUAGCUAUCCCUGUGAAAAUUAAAUUAUAGUUUUGAAUUUCCAUUACUGUAUGAAAUCAUUAUUACAGAAUGAAGUGAGGUUGAUUUAACUGUGAUAGAGGUGAGAGAAUAUAUACAUUUAAGCUGUAUAUACAAGUUAUUCUGAAUAAGCAAAAAUAUGUAUUUUAAUUAUUUAGGUUUCCAGCAUCUAAAUGUGCAAUCACAUUUUGAAUAAAUGUAUCACUGUAUGUCCAGUGUCCCAUUCAAACGUGGAACUUUGAUACACUACUUAUGUGUGCAAUAUCGGUUCUAAUUGUACCUGAGGUCUCUUUCAUGUAUACAUUUCCCAUAAACACUGAUUAUUUCCUGACCACAAUUUUUACCCUAUCAUAACCUAAAUAACACGUGAAUGGAGUAAUUACUGAAGUCCAGCGCGCUACAGGAACUGCCGCAGGCUAUGGAUAAUAUAAUUCAGAUGGUCAGGGCAGGGACGCCGUGUCUGUUGCCUAUAUUCUACCGCCUUUUGAAAACACGUGUGUCUCAUUUAGAGUAACGCACUCACACUGUCAACAGUGGGAUUUCCUUUACAGACCAGAGAAAAAGAAAGCGCUAAGAGGAUGGGGAGGGAAAGUCCGUUAGUCUCGACUAGAACGUAGAUGAUUGGGAAAAUAAAAAGUAGCCGUUGUUUGUCUGAUGUGGACGUGUUUGUAAUUGUAAUUCGAUAUUACCCUCAGUAAUUGAUCAAAAGCUUCUGUAUGGAAUUGAAAAAGCUGUCACAUUUUUUUGUGGGAUGUCUAAAAACGCACAAUGUUCCAAACUAUUUAUUAUUCAUUUCUUUUUAUUUUCAAUACAGGUUAUCUUUUUGCCUUGGAACACCAUGACUGUGGAGGAACGAUAGACAUUCGUCAAGAGAAAAACGGUUGCAUACGCUAUUCCUCAUUAGCAGGCCAAGUUGAUUCAAAUAAUGUCACUUUCAAAAGGCCAGGACAUUCGGACACAGAGUGCAUUUGGGUUAUCGAUGCUCUCCGUACUCAAAAGGUACAAUUAGAGGUAAUUUCCAUCGACAAUGUGUCGCGUGUAUGGGUGCAUUUUGAGAGUAAUGGGGAACAGAGGGAUUAUGCACUUGAAGAAUCCUCACCGGUCUCGGCCAUGGGCAGGAUCAUCAUUACCUGGAGAGCAAAAAAGUAUGCCAACUCGCUACAGUCCAUAAAUCUCUCCUUCACUGCGGAUUGGAAAGACAUUGGGAAUUCCUUUGAGAGUCAAAAGGGGAAGUCAGCUCAGACAGAACCUGCCAUACUACUAGGGACCUCCUCUCCCAGCAUCUCAGCAGCUCCCAGAGUUCGAAGGAAGUCCUGGCUCCUGGGGUCUUCAGAGCCAGCCCUGGGCAGCAAGGGCAGCACUCAUCACCCCACUGGGCUGGGGGGGCAAGGGUUGGGCCAUGGGACAGUUGGCGCAUUCCACAGCCUGACCUCAGCCUCCGCCCACUGGCUCAGCCCCGACGCGUCUGCAGCAUCUGAUAAGGAAGUGCCCCCCCUCCCUCAGGAAACAUCGGACAAUAACCCGGACACGUCUGGUGCUGCUCUCGCCGAGGCCAAAGUGCAGGGGGUGGACGCCGUUGCCCUGCAGCGCUCGGAGAUUCGGGCUGAAGAAACCAAACCAGAGCCACCUCGUUUCCCGGGCACACCCACGGAUUCUCCGGGACUUGCCACCACCACUGUCCCUCCCACGCAGGGCCUGGACUCCAUUUUCCCAGGGCUGCUGAAUGUUCGAGUGCCAAGGACUGCAGCUGCUCCUCUCUCACACACUGAUGCUGAUUCCUCUAUGCCCCUCUCUCAGAUCAACACCCUCCUGCCUACUCUCCCCCCUCAUGGGACUGCUCCUGUCCCUCCCUCCCUGGCCCCAGACCAGCAGGCAGAGCGGAGCGGGGAUACUCCUUCUCACACAGACACCACAUCAGGGAGUCCUCAGAGCAGUGUAGCCUCCCUGUCCCUCAGCAGCAUCUCCCAGCUCUCAGGGGAGGUUGAAGCUCACAGCUUGGUUUCUACUGUGGUGAACUCGCCACCAGACCUCACGCUCCCAGACUCCAGAAAUCCACCCGUGGCUUAUGUCUCCACAGCUCAUACAGGGGUUCCCAGGGGAAAGGAUUAUAUACACAGUUACUACCAGCCCAGUUUUAUAAGCCCUUUUCCUGGCACAGGGGGGCAGGAAGUAACUGAAAGGCAGUCUGCAUUCGACUCUUUAUCCGACAGCACCCUCGGGCUGUCUCAGGGGAGGCACGCAUUCCCAGAGUCAGAGGGAACUAUGGGUAGGGACUCCUGGAGUGUCACUGAUCUGGUGCCUCCUGCAAGCUCCUUGCCUGAGGACACCACAGGCACACAGCAGGCCUUAAAGGCAAACGGGAGCACUGAAAUGAUUCCAGGUUCUACUGAAGCUGAGGGGAACCUCAGGAUCUCCCCUUUAGUCACCAGGAGCCUAUCUGAAGAUAAGAGAUCUGAUGUCCCUGGUGUUCUGGAGGACAUCUCUGCUUUGUCAGCUUCCACAGUCGGGCCCAGUGGUACUGCUUCCCCCUCUCUGGACAGCAGCACUAUGGAGGAGGUGGCAGUCUCUGUUCCCAGUGUUGAUCCAGGCAGCUCCCUCGGGCAGGUGCCUUCCAUCUCUCCCCCUGUAGGAGCGGACACAGAAAAACAGGUCAGCACAGUCGUUCUGGGGUCCUCCGACCCCUACACUGCCACCCCUGUUCCAGAGCUGGGUGAGAAGGCCGAAACUGACUUCACUGUAUCAGUGCCGUUCACUGAAGCGCCAACUCACAGCUCUGUCUCUGCUGAUCGGGAUUUCACAGAAAUGGUGACCGAGAAGCCAGAGCUCAAAGACUCAGCGUCGACACACAACGAUCACGUAAACCCCGCCUCAGCGACCGCAGUGUCAGAGGUUUCCUUGGGGCCUGAGUGUGAGACAAACCCGGCCCAUGAGUCACAGAGCUCAAACUGUGCCUCACACCCCCAUGUCCCCGUGGAGGCAGAUGGUACAGGCCCUGUGCCAGCCGUCUCCACGGCGUCCACAGCGCCCACCCCUGCAGGACCGCGGCAGGAGCCCACUGUGUCUGAGGACCUCUCUAGUGCUCCUCCCAUCCACAGCACUCCUGACCACUCCCUCACAGGAGUAACCACAGCAACCCUUCUCCUCACGACAUCAUUUGCGGAGAAUACCCAGGGGAGGCGGAGGCCCAGAGGCACAAAGAGUCCUGAGGAGACUGUUCCUCAUAGCAGGAGGGGGCAUUCUGAGAGCACAGCAACCAGUGCUGAUGGGUCCACCUUCCAUUCCCACACAGUCACACCUGGCCCUGUAGACUCCAAUACCUCUCAGAGUGCAGAGCCCGGGUCUCCCACCUUGACCCCUCCCUUAGCGGCGAGCAGCACAGCGGGGAGCAGCACAGUGGCGAGCUCUGUCUGUUCACUCCCCGCCUGCUCGUCUGUGCCUCCUCACACUCCUGAAGGGCUGUCCCCCUCAAUACAAGUUGGGACGGAGGGACCGCGGAAGGCGGGCUGUCCCAGCUGCACCGCCAUCCCCUCAACAGCAGGGGGAAAAUCCAGCCCUCCAGUCACCUUCAGUCCCACUGUAACCGCGACCACACGACUGACCAGCAGCAGUCCCAGCAGCAGUCCCAGCGGAAAGACCACAGCGACCCCCUUCCCCUUCAUACCCCGGCCAAGGCCGACGUCUCAGACCGCUGGCCAAGAGACAGUCCCUCCCCCUCCCUCUCCCCGGACAGACCAGUCCACCAGCACAUUAUCCACGCAACCAGCCAAUAGCAGGUCUCCCAGCUCCUCUGCUAAACCAGUCAGAGGCAGAGUAUUCAUUGUGGAGAAUCAGCCUGCCAUCAUAAAAGAAGAAACUGUCCAGCUCCUUCUGCAGAUGGUUCUAGAAAGUGGGUCUCCUGGGGAGCAGAAAUCUCCACAGCCUGAGAGCAUCAAAGAGGAUGUAGUCAAUAAGGUGGAGCCGCUCUUGCAGAAGGCUCCUGGGUAUGAGGGACUACGGGUGUCAUGGACAAGCGGGAACGCGGUCGUGCAGGGUGUGCCUGUGUUCAAUACCGCGAGGGCGCUGUCCUGGCUGGGGGCCCCUGGGGGUCUUCUGGAUGUGACUGGGCUGAGGGAGAACGUGAGGCGGGGGCUGUAUGUCGGUGGGGCCAAGGUGGCGAACAUCACUGUGGGUGGGCUGCAGCCGGAGCUGUGUUCGUGGCUAUUCCUCUGCCCCUCAGGGUUCCAGUGUGUGCCGACCAGCCUGGGCAAUGCCAGCUGUACCUCCCUGUGCCACACAGACUACUGCAAGAACAGUGGAAUCUGUACACACCACCAUGGCCAGCAGCCAAUGUGCCAGUGCCCAGUGGGGGAGGAUUUCUGGUACAUGGGCAGGUGGUGUGACUUCCGCAUGACACGGCAGAGGCUGGUGGGCGUGUGUCUGGGCGUCCUGUUCACUGUGGCCGUGCUGAUGGCCACCCUGUCCUACCUGAUCAUCCGACGCUUCAAAGCCAUGCUGAUCCAGGCCAAGGUGGACCAGACACGCAGCAGCUAUCGAAGGUUCAACCACUUUGACGAGCUGUCCAGUAGGUUCUGGCUGCGGUCUUGGCCGGGCUCAGCGGACUCCCUGGAGAACCCAGCCUACAGCCGCUCUGACGAGCUGCUGCACCUCAGGGCUCUGGAUCGAACCUGCUGUUACCACGAUGACACUCUCUCCAUCGCCUCCACCUACCCGGGUAGUGGAACACACGUGAACACAGUCUACGCUCAUGGCUCCCACUACAACUGGGACCUGAGUGACGGCAGCAUAAACGAAUGGAUCGCGGACUCUGGGAAGGCGAGCGACCUGUCUGUGUGCAGCUGGCCCAUUGAGCCCAUCCAGUGGACCCCCUUCCCCCUGCUGCAGCAGCUGGGCAUCCACAGAGCAGCUAAGACACCUCGUCCUCACUCCUACUGUGAAGGAAUGGAGCUGGUCGACAUGGAGAAAACCCGGACUGCCUGAACACAACCAAGGAAAGCAAAGCACAUGAAGAACUGAACACGACGAGCCUACAACAAAGCCAGCCACCCAAGAACCUUCUCCACAUCCAUCGCAAUGCUCCUCCCCGUUUAGGAAGCAUACACGUACCAUGUACAGCGGAACAAUUCUAUACAUAUAUAUAUACACACACCAAGUGCAAAUCCAAGGCUUUUUGUCUCAAUAUCUUAUUAUACAUUUCUAAGAUCAACCUGGUUUAAAUGUUCAGUAAAUUGUUUUAACAAAAUGAGAAAUGCAACAUCUGGAGAAAUCGUUUGAUUCAUAUUUGGUAGAGCAUGUACUUAACAGAUCAACACUGGCAUGCCUCUAUGAAGUCUGGGUAAUACUCAAUGUAUUUUUUAAGCAAUGCUUUCAAUUUAUCAAUAUGGACAAUUUAACUUAAAAAAAACAAAACAAAAAAAAAACAACAACAAAAAAAAAGCUAAAACAAUAAUAAAAAAACAAAAUUAAGGUCCAUGGCUUAGCCUAAUGCUGAAAUCUUUCUUUGAAGCUUUUAUAAAUUGUGCAUCAUUGUAGUAACUAAACAAUCAAUAUUGUAUAUAUCGUUUGUAUGUAAAUAUACACACAUUGUUUUCUGUAUGUAUUUGAACUACCAGCAAAGGAUUACAUUCACCACUGUUCUAGCCUUCCCAAGCCUCCCUAUGAUAGAGGCCCAGCAUUUCAAAAGACAAACCAGCGUUCAAACAACAACGUACUGAGCAGCCAAAACGUCAUGAUUUAUUAAUAUUGAGGAACUUCAGAUUUCAACACAACCAAACUGUACACAUUACAAUCACAUUCUAUUUGUAAACAGUUAAAAGCCACUUGACUUGUUGCAUCUUCGGACACAAUUUAAAUCAAGGCAAUGAAAUGUGGGCGACUUUUGCACUGUUAAAAUGUCAAUCUCGUUUGUCUCUGAAUGACCAAACAAGACAUUCUCUUACUCUUAUAGAACACCAUUUGUGGCAAGGAGAAAGGUUUUGCAAACAAAGCAUUUGCAAUUUAACAUUUAAAACAUUUUGAACAAAACAAAAAUGAUUCCGUAAGCCAGAUAUCUGGUUACAGUAUGCAUAGUUACCGAUUUCCACUUGUCUUUUUUAAAGUACAACAAUUAAAUUUGACAGUCACAAAGAGCAAAACAUUGAGCCACUCCAUAAUGGGAAUAAAGGGAAGGAAAAUGACAAAUAUAGCGAUUCAGCAAAACCAUCUCCACUCACUGAUAAAAAGACAGCAUUUUUCAAAGCAGUAUGUAGAAUGUCUCCAGCUUAAAGCAGUUAUUUGGCAGAGAAAAACUUACAGAGCUAUAAGUAGUUUCAGUGCUAAAAGUUGGAUUUUCCUACAAGGAGUUUCUACUUGGGGAAACUGGGUAUAUUUCCUGAGAACCAUGCUCGUUAUUUAGCAGACGAGAGUAAUAGAUUUAAAAACAAACAACAAAAAAUCAAAACAAAAAAACAAAAAUAAAACAAAAACAUGGCCAAACACUGAUCAGUAUUCCCAGAGAUAGAAAGCUUCGUCUUCAUCCUCAAUAUACAUUUUAAAUUUUUUUUCCUUUUUUUGCAUUUUUGUCUUUUUUUAAAGUACUUUUUCAUUUUAUAUUUUUUUUGUUGAUUUUUUAAAUAUAUUUUUUUAUUUUAAAAUGAAGGAAGAGUAAACACUUUUUUUCCUCAAAAAGUCUGUAAACAAGAGGGCACAACGGUGGCACCUCCAAAACAAAAUUGAAAGCCUAUUUGAAAGUGCUGUUCCCCCUGGCUUGCAGGUCGGGUUUGCAAGUCACAGCUGUGGCUACAGUUUUUUACACUGCAGAGCUAAACUCUUUAGUUUUAAACAACAAUUGGUGCAAUACUUAUUUCUUUAAUAUUGUCAAAUAGUCCUAAGUCAGCAUUUAUAUCUUGAUCUUGAACUCCACAAUACCACAAUAAGGUAGGCGUACAUCAAGGCAUAGUAGAGCGCACGCUUCUUAAGAACAUCCUUGAGUAAACAACUACACUGGAACUGUGGGCUCCCUCUAUAUUGCGGAUUAUACUGAGAAAUACCACAUUCAGUGCAAAGUUAAAAGCUCAUACUCCAACAUUGUCAGCAAACAAACGCAAUAAAAAGAAAAAAACUGGAAUUCAAAUAAACAUGAUGAAUAAACAAA